AUGCUGGAGGCAAUCUCUGAUUUUAUAUAUCGAGUAAUAUCGGGAACUAUACUAGGUUGUUUCCUCCUGGUGCUAUCUUUGUUGGCAUUAUGGCACAAUUUUGUAACUGCACAUUUUAGACAUCAUCACGAUUUUAGAGAUACAAGAAGUUCCAAGACUACCAUUAUACCCAAACAGGAACCACAUAGCCCAAGACGCCAAAAGAAACGGCAUCAAUCUCUAUCGGUAUCAUCGUGCUCACCGUUGAAUGUCGAAGAGGAUGAAGAUAAUAAUAUCGAGUUUGAUCACACGAUAACUAGCACAGACACAAGACCAGAUAGUAAUGACAGCUCAUUGAGUGAUAUCGGAACUGCAAACACGUCCAUUGAUUCAACCUACAACCUUGCAAAUCAUCAAUAUGUCUACGAUAAAAAUUUUACCAAAAAGAAUCGUUCUGAACUCGAAGAUAAUCCAUUUCAAGACGUACUAGCUGCUGAGGAUAUGAAACUGGUGCCUGAUUUAAAAUAUUACUAUAAACAAUAUAAUAUCGAGAUAGAAGAAUUUGAAGUUGAGACUGAGGAUGGGUUUAUUAUUGAUUUAUGGCAUUUAAAACAUGAUACCGAUAGUUUAGAAAAAGACAAUGAGAGAAAUCCUGAUUUGCACCCAAUUCUAAUGUUACAUGGACUUUUACAAAGCAGUGGAUCGUUCGCUUCAAGUGGAAGAAAAUCACUGGCAUAUUUCCUCCAUCAGUCGGGCUUUGACAUUUGGCUAGGUAACAAUAGAUGCGGUCUUAAACCAAAAUGGAAUAUGAGUGCCCUAGGAUUCGAUAAAAGAAAAAAAUGGGAUUGGGAUAUGGAUCAAAUGGUUCAAUAUGAUUUAAAAGCACUUAUUGAAACAGUAUUGUCAAAAUGUAAGCACGAGAAAUUAACCUUAAUGUCACAUUCUCAAGGAACUACUCAAGGAUUCAUGGGACUAGUCAAUGGCGAACUUUUAUAUGGAACAGAUUUUAAACUAAGUGAAAAACUAGAAAAUUUUGUUGCGCUAGCUCCUGCAGUUUACCCUGGACCAUUAUUAGAUGAAAAGCAGUUUGUUAAAUUCAUGGCCAAAGGUAUUGAUAAUCCGUGGAUCUUUGGCAAUAAAGCCUUUUUACCAUUGAUGCUUUUGAUGAAGAAAAUUACAAAUGGUGUGAUAAUUAUUCCCUUUAUGUCAUACGUCAUGUUCAAUUAUCUGUUUGAUUGGAACGAUUCACUGUGGGAUAAACCUCUAAGGGAUCGUCAUUUCUUAUUUUCUCCCGUUUACAUAUCAGUCAAACUAAUGCAAUGGUGGUUAAGUCCUCUGGAUAAUAAGAUGAGCUUUAAAAAAGGUGCCGGUACUUUGUUCCCAGAUUCCAAAACCUGGUUCCCGGUCGAGGAUGGUAAUCCAGUCGCUAAACCAGAAGGUCUUCAUCUUAAUAGUACAAGACAAAGCAAGAAAGAUUAUCCACACUUUAUGAUGUUUAUUCCUAGGCAGGACCGUUUGGUUGACGGAGAAAGGUUGAUUAAUCAUUUCAUCAAUCAUGAGUCAAAUUCUCUUUACAAAAUUUGGUAUAUUGAUGAGUAUUCUCAUUUAGAUGUUCUUUGGGCACAUGAUGUUAUUGAUAGAAUAGGUCAACCGAUUGUUGAAAACCUGAGACUUCCAAAACGGUCGCAAGUAGGUCGAGCCAACUAA